CCGCCCUGCAAGUCUGUUUGAAACAUCUGUCAUAUCAGUAUGUUACCAUGGACACCUGGCCAAGGCAUGUCAACAAACACACAAGUUUUCCAGACAGAACCAGUGUGUAACUGACAUUGCGUCUCGUUGACUGCACCAUAUUUGCAAUGGUACGCGAUAUUCAAUACUCGGACGAAUCGGAAUCUGAUUGGGAUAGUUUAUCUCAAGCAGUUCCACCACCGACCACAGUUGAAUCGACGCAACCAUCACUAGCCCAAAUGGAUGAAAGGCCUAAAUUGGCACGGGCAUUCAAUGAAACGAUACCAUCAAGCUCUGAUUCUUUUCGAUCGACGCAUGCUGCCAAAGGUCCACUUACCUUCAUCGAUCGCCAAUUGGAGAGCGAUGCUGUAGUCAGCCAGAAAUCAACGAGAGAAUCCAGUCCGGUCGUUACCCUAAAGCUGAAGAAUGAAGAACCGAAUCAAGUUCAUCAAACUACUGAGGCGCAAGUCCUUGACUUUGGCGUGAUUGCAGCAGACAUCAAAGAUGUAGAGUUACGGCCGAUUCAGUCCAAAGUGAAGCUCAAAUCACCCGUAUUGGCCACUCGGCGUCGUAACAAUUCCAUGACUUAUUCAGAGUCGAGUGACGCAUUCGAUAACUUGGCUUUUGAAGAUUUUUCUUUAGAUGCAAAUGUCAAGAGUUCGCCUAGCAGAGUGUUUAACAAUCAAUCCGAUGAAAUCAAAACGGCCACGAUCCAGCAGCCAUUGCCAAAACCAGACGAGACUAUCGAAAUCUUUGCUUACGACAAAACAAAUACGGAGUUUAAUCAGGUUUCAGAGAGGCGACGUCGAGCUAAAGCAGACGGAUUAAGUGAGGCAGCUUUUGAAUUGUCCAGCCGAUUCUGCUCGGAAGUGACCACGGUCAUCGGCCUGCCUUUCGUCAUUGUCUUGGCCGUCUUGUUGCAAUCCUUGAGGUUCGUGACGGCUGGUUUGUUACGGCCUCUGUUGAUUGGAUUAGUGAUGGGCAUCUCAGACGGACUGCUCAAACCCUUGCUGGCCGCGCUGCAUAAUGGCGUCGUCGUUCCGCUCGCCACAUUUUUGCACAAUGUCGGAUCGGCAUUGAAAACAUCGUUGAUACCCUUGGCUGGCAUCGUCGGUCUCAUGACCGAGCCCAUCGGACGCUUAUUGCGUUCUUGCCGACUCAUCGACAUCCACCAGCACCAUCAUAAACCCAUCAUGCGAGACGUCUAGAUUCGCCCGUCCCGCACAUUUUUUUUUUUUUUUUGUUUUUCCUUCUUCUUUUCCAGCUAGUCCGUCGCUACUAACUGCAUUCACCCGAUCGAUAUAAAUAAGGUUCAUGGCUGGAAAGCGGAGGAGGAGGAGCGAGUUGCAAGUCAAGCCAAUAAUUCCGUAUGGCCGGGCAAGCAGGUCGAAUCUUUUUCAACCAUUGGGCCAAGCCAACUGGAACCUCGGAAUGCGUUUGACUCCCCCAAGUUCCAGAGAGCGGACGCAGCACGAUGUCGCAUACUUUGGCGUAGGACGUCUAAAUAUCACGAGGGUAAAGAAGAGUAAGAGGGGUACACCUAUUUUUAAUUUUUUUUGUGUGUGUGUUUUUUUUUUUUGAAAACUCUUCGUUGCCUAUCAGCGUUCCAUCGUCACGACUGACACGAUGGGAGGACAUGUGCCAAACUAUUCGGGACGAUGUUCUCGUUGGCCUGACGUCAGUAAUUAGUUAGCAAGACCAAGAAUGUGCAGUG